UGGCGCGUGCGUAGUGUCUUCGGGAAGCUAACAAACGUACACAAUUUUAAAGUCUAGCUUGCUGCUUACUGGUUAUAUUCGCGUUAAACAUUUCUUCGAACAGUGUUUGUUUUCGUUGUUGACGACUGGAGUGCCACUUGAUUAACUUUCACGUCUAUUGAGUUGCCGACGCUUUGUUUUGAGUUUAGGAAAACUACAUUAACCGCCGGACUCAGCUGUUUUGAUAAGUCACUACGUAACUCUGCUAGCCGCCUCGCUCAUUCCGCUGCACUGGCUGAAUGGAUGCGGGUCGGUGGCUGCUCCUGCAUUUGACUUGUGCCUUGUACUUGACGACACUCGAACAACAGCAGCUGUAGCUCAGACAAAGAGUCGUCUAUCUCUCUAUCCACGAUGGAACCUGCGUUUAGUGACCACUGAAAUUUCCACUGGCGUGAAUCUAGCAAAUUCACCAUGAUGUCCAUGACUUUUGGAGUGUCAAACAGCAUUACGCUGUUGUUUGACUUUUGGGAUGUGCAUGGGCCUGCAGGGAUGGCUCUGUCAGUCUUUGUGGUCUUGCUCCUGACAGUCUUUUACGAGCUGCUCAAAGUUUGGAGAGUGUGGCUGGGGAAAGGCUCCCAGCUUGCCAGGCCUCGGCCUACGUCCGCCGGUCCUUCGCCCGGCUACAGCAGCUCCAUUCUGGAAAGCAGCUCCUCUGAAUCCUCGCUGGCCCCCAUCGAGCCACACCCUCCAUCUCCAAGUACCAGGCACAGCUGGUUGCUGCAUGUCAUCCAGACGCUCCUCCACAUCCUGCAGGUGUCUCUGGGCUACAUGCUGAUGCUGUGCGUCAUGUCCUACAACACCUGGAUCUUUCUCGGGGUCGUCAUGGGCUCCGUCCUUGGUUAUUUCAUCUCAUUUCCUCUCCUGGGGCAGAUGUGACGGUACGGACAAGUCAGACACUGAAAUAAAGACAAAGGACAGCUUUUUGAAAAAUUAUAUUUUGUGAAUCCGCGUGAUUGAAAGGGUCACGUGGUCCGGGUGCGAAAUGGGGAAACCACUUCAAUGACUAAUUCGUGUGUUGUUCUGUUGGAAUGUCAGAAAAGGGGAAUUAAUGAAAUGCUGAAGAAUGUGCCGCAAAACGCUAACUGGACAUUUUCAUACCCGUGUGUAUGAUUCAAUGAUAAAUGGGGUAGUUGAUUUGUCUUGAAUGAAACUAACAUUUAAAUCUGAGGCAUGCUCUUAAUUUAUGUCUAAAAGCAAGCGAACAUCUUUCAUGUCCAGGGCAGCGCUUCUAUAAACGUCUCCUUUCUUUUAAUUAUCUCAAAAGAAUAUGCAAUAGAUUCAAAAAGAAGGUUUAAGAGAGAUGGAAAGUCAAAGCUUGUAGCAUUGUGUGAUUGUUUCUUUAAUUUUAUGUUUUUCUGAUGAAGUUUGAGGCCUGUUGUUACUAAAUAAUCCACGGUUUUCUGACACUACAGAGGAAUCAGUGAUGUUUUCCACCUGUUCGAAUAGUGGUUCUGAAAGCUCUGCUACUGUAACUUUGAAGCUCUCCUUGAAGGCUUAUGUUUUUGCCUGCGUGAAAAGUAAUUGUUUUGCAAGUGGAACUAAUGGCGCAUAUAUAACUCAAUAGUUGACGGAUGGAUUAAUCUUUUUCUUGUGUUGGUUGUGAUUUGCAAAAGCUUACCUGCGCUAGGGGAGAGCAGUUUGGUCAGAAGUCAUGGGACAAAACUGAGUCACUUUGAGGAAGUGGCUCAUGUGAUUUUAGCUUGUAAACGCCUGAUAUGUCAUCUCGGCUUGAUAUCUGAUAAGCUGUGACACUAAUGUAAUUCAGAGGGCACUCGCUUAUAUAGUUCUGAAUUUCAGAUGUGCUUUUGAAAUAUUCCCACCUUGUUUGAGAGUGUGUUUUUAGUUAUUUCUGUAGGCACCAACUUUUUUCCUCAUUUAAAGAAAAUCUAGUAGGCCUCUUUAACAAAAAUGAACAAAGAAUCCGGUGAGACAUUUUUAUUCAUCCAUUUUUAUACAUGUAUUUCAAGAAGACAGAAAGUUUUACACAACAAAAGAAAGCUUUUCACACCUGGAUGUUAUAAACCACACAGGCUUUAUAAUAAAUAAAAUGGAGAAGGUGGUCCUCCGCUGGAAAUAAAGGCUCUCGGACGUAUAUAUCUGACUAAUGUGCCUUGUAUACAGUGGCAGCAACAAAGAUGUGCAACUCUCUUGAACUGCAGCUUGGUCUAUUUACUACAGUUGGUACAAAAUUGUGUAGUGCUGACAACAAAACACUGUAUUUUGGAAAUCUAAUAAAAACUGAUAUGUAAAACCA